AUGUCGGUCAUGCCCAAAAUCGUUAACGCAUGUCUCUACUUUUGCUUGCCAUUUGCAACCAUUUUUGGAAACCAAUGUGGACAGAAAGAUUACAUCGUUACAUCGGGUGGUCCAUCACUGUUCCCACAUGAGAUAAUAUCAAGACACCACAUCACCACUCCAGUUGUCGUGUUAGAAUGUUAUACUUACUGCAAAGACGAAGCUCAGUGUGUUGGAUUCAAUUACAGAACAACAAAAGAAAUUGAAAAUUGUCAACUGACCAAUGUAACCAAUAUCAGUAAGGAAUUGAAAGGAGAUUGGAUUUUGAUGUAUGAUAUUGAAGCGACAAAGAGAAAGGAAGAAGAAACAAAGAGGAAUUCAGAUACUGGGAUUUCAAUAAAGAAUGUUCCACCUACAACUUCAUAUCAACAAGCAGUUUCAAUAUGCACGUCCUAUGGCAAUCAACUCUGUAACUCUAAAGAUAUAUGUAAAGACGGUAAAACUCCCAGUGGUGGAACUAUACAAGGAGAUCACUGGGUGCCUGUCAAAGAUAGUGACAACGAAUGGUUACAAUUGGGUAACUCGCCGCACAAACCAUGCAUUCUUCACUCUCAGUUGGGUUAUGAACCGUCCUGGGGAAGAGGGAGAGAUCCAUCGAAUGAAAACGUGUGUGAGGCAAAUAGAGCCUUUAUUCUUGAGUCUGGACCGGUGAGACCCGCCAUAGACUUUCCACCAUCGCCAAUAGGGGGAAGAAACUUUAAGUUUCAGAAGAAAUGGUACGAAGAAUAUUCUUGGCUAGAAUAUUCGGUCGCUAAAGACGCCGCGUUUUGUUUUUCUUGUAGAUGUUUUGGCCAACUUGUCGGCAGUUCGGAUGAUGCGUUCACAAAGACUGGCUUCAGAAAUUGGAAGAAUGCUACCGGAGAAAAGGGAAAGCUAAGCAAACAUGCUAACUCGCGGAUGCAUACGCUUUCAACAGAGCGCAUUCAUUCAUUCAAAUCAGCAACGCCAAUCGACGUGCAAUUGAACAGGGAAGCGGAAACAGUAAGAGAAAGAAAGGAGCAGGAGAGAAAAGAAAACCGAGAAAUCGUUGAAACGAUUUUCGACGUUGUUCGACAUUUGGCUAAACAGAAUAUGUCCUUCCGUGGUCAUGACGAGUCGUAUGAUUCAAAAAACAAAGGCAAUUUCCUUGAAGAGCUUCAAUUUCUUUCCAAGUACCACGCCCCCUUGAGGAAAUGGAUGGAUACGCAUCCCGAAAAUGUCUCGUAUUUUUCCCAUGUGAGUCAAAAUGAGAUGAUCAGUAUUCUUAGCAACCUCAUUACUGAAGUCGUCUGUAAUGAAGUCCGAUCGGCAAAAUAUUUCUCCAUCCAGUGUGACGAGGUUACCUCUCACAAAAAGGCCUUCAUGUCCGUUAUAUUGCGAUAUGUAACGGAUUUUAAGAUAACUGAGAGGUGUAUCAGGCUUGUGAGGGUGUCCAGCUUAAAGGGGCGUUCUUUAGCUGAGGUGAUCGUAGACAUUAUGAAAGACCUCAGACUUUCAUUAAUAGAUCUCAUUGGUAAAGGCUUUGACGGUGCUGCAAAUAUGUCCGGCAAGGACGAGGGAGUGCAACGGCAUUUGACGGAAGCUGGAGCUGAGUUUUCAAUCUAUUUUCAUUGCUUUGCCCAUAAGCUUAAUCUUGUUCUUGAACAAAGCGUAGAAACGAUUCCUUUAGUCAAAGAAAUCAUUACGACAAUCGGAGACAUUUAUCGCUAUAUGGAAGGGUCGCCUAAGAGUCACAAAAGAUAUGAAAACCAUUUGAAAGCGAACGGCAUUACCUCAGGCAAGACUGCUCUGCACUCAUUUUCUGAUACCAGAUGGACUGCGCGCACUGAUAACUUGGAAGUUGUGAUGAAUGUAUAUCCAGCACUUUUAUCUAUGUUCAAGGAAGAGUCAGAGCAGAACAACGACAGCGUUGCAACCGGAUUACUUCACACAUGCCUCAGAAUAUUUGCAGAGAGAAGAAUGGAUCUAACAUCAGGAGUUACUGCUAUUCAGGAUCUGAAAGCAACGAUUGCAUCUUUUCGCACUGAUGAACAGUUCGACUUGUUUAUAAAAGAAGCCAAUUCAUUUGCCGAAAGAUGGGGCAGCGAAGUCCUUGAUGUUAGUUUUAGUGAUGUAAGUCCAACAGCCUCGCAAACCAAACGCCGCCGAAGACUCCCCACCCACCUUGCUGAUGGCCAAUCCAUUUUAGAUAUGUCUACUCUGCAAAACAACCGACCAGAUGGCGAAUCAGCGUUAGAUUGUUUUAGAAGAGAACUGUAUUUUCCUUUCUUGGACAAGAUACAAAGUGAGCUGAACAAACGCUUUUCUGAAACAGCGUGUGAAAUGAUUAGUCUUUCUUCAACCUUCCAUCCACGAAACCUAACUGAAGAAAAUGUCCCUAAAGUUGAGAAGAUAGCUCAGUUCUAUAAGCGUAGCAGUCAUCGUGUUGGUCAACAAUUCCUACUAUUUUCAAAUCGAAGCAGUGUGAUGAUUGGAAGAAUGCAUACAAAAAACACAAGAACCAAGUAA